UCUUGGGCAGCUUGCCAAACGCUCGUAUAGAGGCCAGACGCGAGGAAAACUCUGCUUAUCGAUUACGCACGUAACACAUUUUCCAAACAGCCGAAUACCCCAAAAAGAUUCAAUAAAUCAGCGCGGUGAACACUAUAUUUGUUGCCGAAUAAUAAUGGAGAUGAUAAUGAGGCUGUAACUGGGCCAACAGAACGGACCAAAAAUCCCAAAGGGCAGGGCAGAGUGAGCAGAACAAACAAGCAACCGGAAGGGAUCAAAGGACACAAAAGGCUACGCAUCAGCAGACACCAUCCGAGUUCAAGGAACUAACAAACAAUGAAUCCCUACACGCAAGGAGGAGGUGCUGGGGCUGCCAAUCCCUUCGGAGCACCUGCCACCGGAGCUGGUUAUGGCCAACAACAGCAGCAGGGCUAUGGCUAUGAGCAGCAGGCAACAGGUGGCUACGACCAGGGCAUGAACUAUGGCCAACAGCAGCAGCAGGAGGCAGCAGGAUACGGACCCCCCGGAGCCCGGCCACGAGUGGAUGUGGAUGCCAGUGGCGAAGUGGAUCCUAAUUUAUAUCCCGAGGCCAAGGAAUCAACGCACAAGGUUCGCGGACAUUCAGACAUCCUGGAAAUGUUCUUUGGUGCCAGCACGGAACGAGAACUUAUUCCCGUGAAGAGUUUCUACUUUUUCUUCUACGCCGCCUUCGGAUCCCUAUUCCCCUUGAUGGGCGUCUACUUCAAGCAAAUGGGAAUGAAUCCUGGCCAGUGCGGCAUCCUUGUGGGAAUGCGCCCCUUCGUGGAGUUCCUCUCGGCCCCGUUCUGGGGCUCCUACGCGGACCGCUGUCGCCAGGGCAAGAAGCUGUUGCUGGGCUCCUUGGCCUGCUGGGUCCUGUUCACAAUCCCGCUAAGCUUCAUCCGUCCGGAGGCUGUCAACUGCAUUGAACGCCGCAACUCCACGGAUUUUGUCUUGACCUACACCCGCACCAAGCGAGACGUUUCGGCCAUGUACGAGCCCCAGGUCGGGAUGGAUCCGGCUCUCGGCACGAUGCCAGCAGAAGAGGCUCUGGAGGAGGCCGAAGCUUCCCACAGCCGACACAAGAGGUCCCUGCUCCUGCCCAGAAUCGACGCCGGAAUCUCUCCUGUGCACAUAAACUUUGUGAGCAACUACGAUGAUAAGUACCACAGGGAUUAUGUGACUCCCAUCUUCAGCUCUAUGGUCUACAGGACACCGGACAUUCAAAAAGCGUUCUUUUUGCUGUUGUUAGUGAUCCUGAUUGGCGAAUUCUUUAGUGCUCCGGCCAUCACCCUAGCAGAUUCUGCGGUCAUCACUCUUCUCGGCGAGGAUGCGGACAAGUAUGGACACCAGCGUAUGUUUGGCUCUCUCGGAUGGGGAAUUUCUAUGUUCCUGGUGGGCAUCGCCCUGGACCACUCCACCUCAUUCUCAAACCACCCGUGCGGAGCUGGCAACAAAGAGAAGAACUACAAUAUCUGCUUCUCCAUCUUCUCGGUGUUGAUGACUUGUGCGAUUAUAUCCGCCUCGAAGAUCACCUUUAAGUACGAUCCCAUUGACGAGCAGCAGCAGGCGGCCCAGCAACAGGCCCAGUUCGUGGACCCCAACAAGCGGGCUGAGGAGGAGUCGAUGAACCAACUGGCAGCUCAGCUGAAUCUGCCUUCGCUGGCCGUGGGUAGCGGCAGUGCCGCCUCGGGUGCCUGUGCCGGUGGCGUCAGUAGCUUCCUAGCGGCGGGCCAGCAGGCCCACCAGCCUCACAUUGGCGCUGAGUCCAAGGUGUUCGCUCAAACAGCCAAGGAGCUGCCGGAGUGGAUGACCGUGCUGACUCAUUUCAAAGAUCUAAAGACCGCCUCGUUCCUGUUCGUGGCCUGGUUUAUGGGCUUUGGCAUUGGCCUGAUCUUCACCUUCCUGUUCUGGCACUUGCAGGACUAUGGCGGCACUCCCACUCUCUUCGGAGUGGCCUCCGUGAUCAAUCACGUCUCCGAGAUUUUCGCUUACUUCUUCAGCUUCCGUCUGAUCACCCAGAUUGGCCACGUCAAGGUCCUCUGCCUGGGCUUAAUUGGCAAUGUACUGCGCUUCCUGUACAUCUCGUAUCUGACCAAUCCGUGGAUGGUGCUGCCCUUCGAGCUGAUGCAGGGCAUAACCCAUGCGGCGGUGUGGGCGGCCUCAUGCUCUUACAUAGCCCAUAAUACACCAAAGCAUCUGAGGGCCUCGGCCCAGGGUGUCCUGCAGGGCAUCCACCAUGGUCUGGGACGAGGCUGCGGCGCCAUCAUUGGGGGCAUGUUCGUCACCUAUUACGGUACUACUGCUACCUUCCGCUGGUACGGCAUAGCCUGCCUCUUCGUCCUCGGAUUCUUCAUCUUUGUCAACUUCUAUCGCAAGGAGCAGGGCUUUAUUUCUGAUAUUCCAGUUACCGAGGAUCCGCAUCAGGUGGCUGAGGAAACUUCCCAUUUGGCUCCUCACGGCGUUCCCAGCAAUCCGAUUCCACGGGCUCUUUCUAACUCCCGGCUGAACGAAAUGAAUCCUAAUGGAGGACCGUACGGAACUUACCAAACCACUGGCGGAAAUCUCGACAUUCCCGGCGCCAAUCAGCACAAUCCAUUUGCCCAGUAAAUGGGGGGCUUACCAUCUCAGCCAUACCAUCAUAGCCACAGAGGAAAUCUGCAGAAAAGAGUUUAAAAAUACAUUGAAAAACGAACAAAGUAUAACCGCAAACAUAUCUUGGACAUUGGCCUGCAAUAUGAAUUGCAUAACUGCAUUGCUUUAUUUUGAUUUGUUACGAUCUACACAUAGCAUAUAGCAUAUACAUAUACACAUAUAUAUAUUUUAUAUAGGGCCACGCCACAUAGCCAGAAAAUACAAGGAUUCCGUAUGAUUUAUAUUGGUUACAGUCGAUGGAGGACGCGAGGAUGAGGUUGAAACGAAUUUUCACAUAGCAGCUUAGCAAUAUAUAUGUGUGUGUACAAAAUAUAUACUAUAUAUAUAUAUUGUGCCGAUCUAUAAUAUUUAUAGGCUAUUUUUGUAUCAGUUGCAUGCCACGGACAGUUGCAUAGUUUCGUUUUGAGUUGUAAACGUGCAGAGUUUGUUGCCUACUUUAGGGCGAUCACCAUGCAAAUCACGCAUACGCAUAGGGUGCCCCCCAAAAAUCACACAUAAAGUACCUAUACAAAAAAACCAAAGAAUAUGGAAUUAAAAAAUCUGAAUAAUUCUUAAUACAGUGCGUUUCAAGGCUAUAGGGUAUGGGAAAGCAGUGAAAGCUGUUUCGUUUAGCAGCAAUAGAUUAUGAAUAUAAUGUUCAAACCACAAUGUCAUAGUAUUAAUUUAGAUGAUCCUUUUUCUUAUAGCCUUGAAUCGCACUGUACCUGUUUCUCUAUAACUUGAAGAAAUUUAGAGUUUGAGUUUAUUGAAUAGUUUUUAAAAGAUUUGGUCAACUUCGUUUGCAAUAUUAUGAUGAUUACAAAAAUGGAAGCAAAUUAAUGGAAUAUGUAUUAUGAAAUAUAAAUGUAGUUUCAUUGAAAAAUAUAAACACUAAACCAAAGUUUAGGAACCUAAAACAAAGGAUAAACCACUGUUGUAACGAAUGAUAUUAUGGAAAUCCGCCUCAUUGCAAUCAACUGUUGAAUAUUUUAAUUUUUACACAAAUAUACUAACCGUAGACGAGGAAUAUUUUGAGAAACCUAAAGAAAACCGAUAUAUAUUACGAGUAUAUAUAGUAUAUGAAAGUUGACGCACCAAAAACCAAAUGAAAAUGGAAAAGCAAACUAUACUAAACCGUAUCUGUACCUAAGAGAUAUUUUUCCUGAUUUCCACUCGAUGAUAUUGUAAACUAAUCUAGCAAAAACAAAAAAAAAAUAAUGAGUAAAUACAAACACUCGCUCGAUUUACAAAUAUAAAUAUAUAUAAAUACUGUAUACAUUAUAAUAUAUUGUUGAUAGCAAAUUUGAUUGGAUAUUUUCUUGUAAUAUGCUAGUUCUUGUGUACAGCACCCAGAUUUGUGGAGAUUUUUCGGAUAGAUUUCGGAUAGUAUUAUGCACUACAGUUUUGUUAGGUUCGUUCGAAAUCUCUCUCUCUAUAUGGAUAUUGAAUAACAUACUCAUAUAUAUGGUAUAUAGGCUUAUAUAUGAAUGUACAAGUAUUAUACACACACAAGAGGCGCAUACAUACAUAUGAUACAAAGGAAACAAUACCCAGCCCAUAAAUCGAAUAAAAAGAAAACCGAUGAAUGGAAGGUGAAUCGCAAGAAGUCAUGUAAUUAUGUAUGUUUAAUAAAACGUUUAAAUACCGAGUGAAGUCUAAAGACAAAA